CAGUUCUACCGCUACUACCAGGUGGCCCGCGACGUGCCCCGGCACCCAGCGGCCACGUCCUGGUACGAGGAGUUCCGGCGGCUCUACGACACGGUGCCUUGUGUGGAGGUGCAGACGCUGCGGGAGCACACCGACCAGGUCCUGCACCUCAGCUUCUCACACUCGGGGUACCAGUUUGCCUCCUGCUCCAAGGACUGCACUGUGAAGAUCUGGAGCAAUGAGCUGACGGUCUCGCUGCUGCACAGCGCUGACAUGCGGCCCUACAACUGGAGCUACACCCAGUUCUCCCAGUUCAACCAGGACGACUCGCUGCUGCUGGCCUCAGGGGUGUUCCUGGGGCCGCACAACUCCUCUUCGGGCGAGAUUGCUGUCAUCAGCCUAGACACCUUCGCCCUGCUGUCCCGCGUGCGCAACAAGCCCUACGAUGUGUUCGGCUGCUGGCUCACGGAGACCAGCCUCAUCUCGGGGAACCUGCACCGCAUCGGGGACAUCACCUCCUGCUCCGUGCUGUGGCUCAACAAUGCCUUCCAGGACGUGGAGUCUGAGAACGUCAACGUGGUGAAGCGGCUUUUCAAGAUCCAGAACCUCAACGCCAGCACCGUCCGCACGGUGAUGGUGGCUGACUGCAGCCGCUUCGACAGCCCUGACCUCCUGCUGGACACUGGCGGCCCGGCCCCUUGCAGCCGUGUCUUCGACCUGGGUGGUGACAUUGACGAGGAGGCCAGUCUGGCCCCGACUCGUGCCCGUGCCAAGGAGGGCUUGCGGCCCUUCCUGGACGGGGAGCCACCCCGGCUGGCGGAGUGUGCCCUGGAGACCAAGGUGGCCCAGCUGCUAGCCCAGGGCCACACCAAGCCCCCGGAGCGCGGCGCUGCAAGCACCCGGAACAAGUACCUCAUCUUCACCACUGGCUGCCUCACCUACUCGCCACACCAGAUCGGUAUCAAGCAGGUCCUGCCACACCAGAUGACCACGGCGGGGCCUGUGCUGGGCGAGGGCCGGGGCUCUGACGCCUUCUUCGAUGCUCUGGACCAUGUCAUCGACGUGCACGGUCACAUCAUUGGCAUGGGCCUGUCGCCCGACAACAGGUACCUGUACGUGAACAGCCGCGCCUGGCCCCGUGGCUCGGUGGUGGCUGACCCCAUGCAGCCGCCGCCCAUAGCGGAGGAGAUCGACCUGCUUGUGUUCGACCUCAAGACCAUGCGGGAGGUGAAACGGGCCCUGCGUGCACACCGUGCCUACACACCCAACGAUGAAUGCUUCUUCAUCUUCCUGGACGUCAGCAGGGACUUUGUGGCCAGUGGGGCUGAGGACCGCCACGGCUACAUCUGGGACCGUCACUACAAUAUCUGCCUCGCCAAGCUGCGUCACGAGGAUGUGGUCAACUCGGUGGCCUUCAGCCCCCAGGAGCAGGAGCUUCUCCUGACCGCGAGUGACGACGCCACCAUCAAAGCCUGGCGCUCCCCGCGUACCGUGCGCGUCCUCCAGGCCCCGCGCCCGCGCCCCAUCCUUGGGUUUCCUGGCCAGAGGCGCUGAGGAGCUGUGUGUGUGUUGAUGGCUUGGGGGCCACUGCAGAUGCUAUGGAGGCCCUGUGGCCCCCCCCUGCGCUUGCGGCAGUGACACCUCAGGAAGGGGAUGGUUGGCCCCAGCACGCUCUCGCACGCUAACCACUUAGCAGUACUGUCUGGCGCGAGGGUGGCAGACAUGAGCAGCACUGAGACCCCAUGUUAGCCUGGCCAACUUGGGGUGCACAGGACACUGGAGGUCCCCAGGGGCCCCACUCCUGGCUGCAGGUUCCCCUGGCCCUACCCGACAUGGCUCAGGGUACCUGACCAUCACAUGGUGUACCUUGGCGCUCCUGCGGGUCCUGCUGGUGGCCAGGUUGUUUCUAUGGCUUGACCUGUGAACCUUGGGCACUCGGAGGCACAGCUCAGCCCCAGUGCGCUGCAUGUCUGUCCACUACCGUUUUGGACCUCAAAUAAACAGUUGGCACCAGCA